AUGUACGCUGGCAGUCGGCACAAUGACCCCCACUACCUUGACGCCGGCCGAGAACUCUACAGCAGUGCGAUGCGCGGUCUCUCGCGUACUUUGAACAAUGUGUCCAAGGCAACAUCGGACGAGACACUAGCCACUGCCAUCACCCUUGCGAUCUAUGAAAUGCACUCCUGCACCUCAGAGGAUGGGUGGAUGCAUCAUGCGGCAGGGAUCCGGGCCUUGAUGCAGCUUCGAGGGCCGGAAAUGCACUUGGACGGAUUCGGUUGCGCGUUGUAUAUCGCAUUCCGCAAUACUCUGGUCACCUCGGCGUUGGUGAAUGGUGACGAGUGUUUCUUGGAGGAACCCAAAUGGCAGGCGCUCAACGAGCACAUUGCAGCGGAAAACGCCAAACAACCGGAUUCCUCCGUCUACACGGAUAUCACGGAGCGUGCUUUCCGCGAGAUUGUCAAACUUCCAGGCUUUGUGAAGCAGAUGCGCAACAUCCAAGGUGCCUCGCUACACAUGCAGAAACGUAGGCGCCCCGUACUGUUGCGUGGCAUCCUCGCUACCCGCGCCUCCCUCCGAGGCAUUCACACCGAGUUCAGCAUGACGGUUUCGACCCUGCGGGCCGGUCGUGAACCGAAGACUGAUUUCAUCGGACCGAUCCCUUACCAUUUCUUUGACGGGUUCUCGACCCUAUCAAUGCAGGGCAUUCGGUCUGGUAUUCUCCUUCUCAACUACCUCAUCAUCCUCCUAGAUCCAUCUCAGCGGCCUGCCGCCGAAGCGGAGAACCGCAUCGUCACCCAUCGAAUGCAGGCUGCAAGAGGGUCUGGGUCGCGCAAAAGCUUCGACCAGUCCUCUCCUCCAAUAACCCCGCCAGGUUCACCUGGACGACCUCAUCUGAUGAUUGAAUCACGAGUUACUCCCGAAACCCGCCAGCCCCCGACUUCUGACUGGAUGGACCGCCUUGCCACCACCAUGGGCAUGGAAGGGGUGCGAAUAAGUCUGAUUGACGAUGGCCCCGCAUAG